UAAGCGGUUGCAAUCAAAACACAAUUCUUAUCAGAAAAAAAAUAUUUAUCAGAAAAAUCAGUUUCGUUUCUGUGUUUUGUGUUUAUCUCUGGGCUACAUAUAGUGCUUUUAAAGUUAUGGGAAACCAGUUAGUAGGAGUAGCUCCUUCACAAAUUUUUCCCGUUGAACAUUACUUAACUGGAGCAUUUGAAUCUGAGCUCCAGUAUGAAUCCAGUAUGGGAAGCACUCGCUUUCUCAAGGUUGCCCGGGCUAAGUCCGACGAAGGAUUGGUGGUGGUGAAGGUAUUUGUAAAGCACGACCCAUCGCUGCCUUUGGAACAACACAUCGAUAAAAUAGAAUACAUUAAAAAGAAUCUAGCUAAUGCAGCGAAUUGUUUGCCUUUUCAACGGGUUCUGACAACCGAACGUGCAUGCCUUAUCAUUCGCGAAUACGUAAAGCAUAGUUUGUACGAUCGUGUAUCAACUCGUCCAUUUCUCACACUAAUUGAAAAGAAGUGGAUCACGUUUCAAAUUCUGUGUGCGAUGCACCAGUGCCACAAGCAGAAAAUUAGCCAUGGAGAUAUUAAACUAGAAAACAUCAUGAUCACUUCAUGGAAUUGGAUCCUUUUAUCUGAUUUUGCUUCCUUCAAGCCGACAUUUUUACCGGAGGAUAAUCCAGCAGACUAUAGUUUCUUUUUCGACACCAGCCGUCGAAGAACGUGUUACAUAGCACCGGAACGGUUUGUCAAAUCUGCAAGUGGGGAAACAUUACCUCAGAAAGCGGACGUGUCACUGGUGGGAGAUGGUCCCUGUUACACUGGAAAUCUACAAUCCGAGAUGGAUAUCUUCUCGGCCGGUUGUGCUUUGUUGGAACUGUGGACCGAAGGAACAGCUCCAUUUGAGUUUUCUCAACUUCUGGCUUAUCGCCGCGGGGAAGUUGAGUUGGUUAACAAACACUUAGAAUGUAUCGAAAACGAUCGUCUAAAAAGUCUGCUACAAUCCAUGUUAAAUUUGGAUCCAAAAAAACGAAAAUCAGCUGAGCUGUAUCUGGACCAGGAAAGAGGCAAACUUUUUCCAGAAUACUUCUAUUCAUUUCUGCAAUCUUAUCUACAAAUGUUUUCAACCAUUCCGAUUGUUCCUCCCGAUGAAAAGAUUACACGAUUACACUCUGAUAUUGAUCAAAUCAUUGAAAUCGUAACAGAGAAAAAGAAUCGACCUUCAUCUCAAGAGUCGGAGGAGGUGACUCCUGAAUUGGCGAAUACCGAAGAUUGCAAACUACAAUCAGAAGGAGAUGGUUUAAUUCUCAUUACUGCUGUAGUAUCGUCUUGCAUUCGAGGUCUCAAGUUUUGCAGUUCUAAACUCGCGUCACUAGAAAUAUUUCGGAAACUUGCAGCAAACACUACGUCCGAAACCAUUCUUGACCGUAUUCUACCUUAUAUUCUGCAUCUUGCGCAAGACUCCGCUCCAAGAGUUCGGGUUCGUGCUUUAGAUUCCCUUACCAGUUGUCUUGGUUUGGUUAAAAAUUUAUCUCGGAGUGAUGCAAAUGUUUUUCCUGACUACAUACUUCCUGCCAUUGCUCCUCUCGCGACCGACCCUUGCACGAUAGUCCGUGUAGAAUACGCGAGAAAUAUAGCUACGUUGGCCGAAACUGCAGUGGGCUUUCUAGAGCAAUCGCAAUUUAGUUGCAGCGCAGAAAAUCAUGCUCCACCACACUACGAAACAGAGUUGAGUGCUCUUCAUGAAAUGCUUCAUCAAUCUGUUCUGUCCCUUCUCACUGAUUCCCAGCCAAUUGUAAAGCAAAUGCUCAUGGAAUCCGGUAUCAACAAACUGUGCGUAUUUUUCGGUCGCCAAAAAGCGAACGAUGUAAUUUUAUCCCACAUGAUCACAUUUUUAAAUGACAAAGAAGACAAAAGUUUACGUGGAUCAUUCUUCGAUUGCAUUGUCGGAGUUGCCGCAUUUGUUGGUUGGCAUUGUUCUCCUAUGUUGAUACCUCUCCUGCAGCAAGGUCUCACCGAUCCGGAAGAGUUCGUAAUCGCUAAAGCGAUAAGAGCAACAACUUCACUGAUUGAGCUAGGGUUGAUCCAAAAGCCAGGGAUCAUCGAAUUUAUUGCCGAAUGUGCUUGCUACCUAAAUCAUCCAAAUUUAUGGAUCCGGCAUGAAAUAUGCGGGCUGAUAUCCACUUCUGCUAGAGUUUUGAGUGCUCUUGAUGUCCAAUGCAAAAUCAUGCCAUCGAUUGCCAAUCAUCUGAAGACGCCAUUGAUUCAGGUUGAGAAACCAGAAUUGUUGAUGGAUAGUCUUUUGCCGCCGAUUCCCAGAAGUAUAUAUGAUGCCGUAAUCAAGUAUAGCGAUAUUAAUCAGUUGAUUGAAGUACUACGAGAGCGAAAAGUAGCUCGUAGUAAGUGCGGAGAAGGAUGCAUUCCACAAUAUGGAGAAUUGACUACACAGAUAAAACAUCUCUUUCGGCGACUCAGUACUGAAGGACUAACAGAUCUAAUCGAAGCGCAGUUGCUUGCAAUGAGUGCUCAUUUAAUCAAACUUCACCGGUAUAAACUAGCGGAGACACGUCUGCCACACAGCAACGGUCGUAUUCAGAUAAACCCAUCACUCGUUCGUGUCGUUACACUCUGUGAUCGGGCUAGCAAAAAUGAUCCAGCUUCGAAAACUAAACAACGCAAAAGUGAAUCCGAUAACCCACAAGAAUGGCAACAUAUGUUCACAGCAAUAGAUUCACACUCCCCAUCGCCUACAUCACCUUCAAAUGACUCGGUAGGAUCUGUUUUGAACGUCACAAAUCUAGCACCGCCAACGCAACCAACUCCAACUUCCAGUCUGGUGGAGUACAGUAUGCCCGAACGGACAUCUAUGCAGGAACGAUCCGCCGAGUGUAGAGUGGAAUUCGAAAGAUUAGUCGCAAAGCUAAAAGCAAAAUAUGCCACUUAUGCUUUGAAUAAAGAAUUACGAGAUCCAACGUUAAACGCUUCACCACUAGCUCCAGGAUGGAAAAUGAACGGAACACUAGUAGCUCACUUACAUGAACAUAAAGCAGCCGUUAGUAGAAUGACUACGCUGAAACCAUACGGGUCAUUAUUCGCCAGUGCUUCGAUAGAUGGUACUGUACGGCUAUGGGAUUGUAACAAAUUAGAUGGCCAACAAUCCAUUAACCGCUCUAGACAGUCAUAUCAUGCAAACACUCCACUGCACGCCAUUGCUGCUUGUGAUGCCGGCCAAUCGUUGGCCAUCGCUGGUAAGGACGGAGCGCUUUUGUUAUUGAAAAUAGACACCAAUUCUAGUAAAAUGGCGUUACAACAAGCUCGGCAUCUCAAUUCGGAUACCCGGGUUGAUCGGGGAAGUGAAGAGCCACAUGAUGAUGGUCCAGUGGUCGAAAUGCAGUCAUUAGACCAGGGAGCUCAGAGUGUGAUUGUAUAUGCCACACUAUAUGGGGCUUUGGUGGGCUGGGAUAUCAGGAUGCCCGGUCACGCAUGGCGCUUAGAAAGUGAUCUGAGAAAAGGAGUAAUCACAACAUUUUGUGUAGAUCCAACAAGCUCUUGGCUUACCGUAGGCACAAGCAGUGGUCGUCACAUCUGCUGGGAUUUACGGUUCCUACUUCCAAUUGCCGAGAUUAGACAUCCACAUGAUUCACGAAUACGCCGCGUUUCUCAUCAUCCAACUGAGCCUUCGUGGUUGGUAUCAGCUUCUCAAGGUAACAAUGAAGUUUACGUGUGGAACAUAGAAACAGGACAUCGCCAACAAGCUUUCUGGGCAAGCCCGAGCCCUCCACUUUCAAAUGCUAAUGUUUCACCACAUUCAGUGUGUGCUCUUCUUCCGGGAGUUGUGGACGGCAAUGGUUUCUUACUAACCGGCGGAACAGACCAGCGAAUUCGCUAUUGGGAUUCGACAAAUGUAGAAAACUGCUCUUUGGUAGUUCCAGCACCGAGAGAUUAUCUUGCGUCUACCAAUAUUUCUUACGAAUCCCGUCUCAUCGAUGGCACCAGAGUGAUAUCAGAAAUUUAUCCUAAUAGCAGUACCGGAGGGUUAGAUCGCAGUAACCGAGCAGGCUCGGAAGACGUACCACGAUCGGGACCGGAAAUGCCUGCUCCGGGACAUCACGACGUCAUCAGUGAUUUGCUAAUGUGUCGAACACCGAGGCAAUCUUUUGUAGUAUCCAGCAGUCGGGACGGGGUGAUCAAGCUGUGGAAAUGAGAAGUACACUGCUUCUGUUAGUUUGUAUUCCGAAAGAAACUCCAAUUAUGUCGGAACACCAAUAAGUUUUCUUUAGGUAUAUAGUUAUCAACGUUCUCCAUAUCAUGAAAAUCAUUCGCGUGGUAAAUCGCUUGACCUGAAGUUCUGAUGUGUACAAGAACACACAAACUAGUAGCACACGCGUAGAACGAACUUCAUAUAGUUUUGGACGGCAAAAACUCAAAAUAGUUUAUAUUUAUAUUCAUUAUUCCACAUUUGUUAAAUGAUCCGUAUAAUUAUAUUCCAUUCCUUAGAAUUGAAGCUGUAAUAAAUAAUAUAACAUACGCACUAA